GCAAAAAAAUCAGUAAUGUCUGGACAAAGCAUUUAUCAGUUUAAAGCUAGGGCUAAUCACUCAGCUCCAGUAAUAGGAGGGUCACUCUACCUGUGGGGAGGGGACCAGCCUGAUUUACCUGAAGUACACGAUUCACCUCAAAAGAGGAAACUGACCUCAACAGUUGAGACAUUUUCCUUUUCAUCAGCUCGCUGGUCCUCUCACCUAACAAGAGGCACUCCUCCAUUAGGAGUUAAUGGCUACUCCUGUACCACCUUUCGUUCUAAUAUUUAUUAUUAUGCUGGCUGGUGUGGUCAUGAUAAUUGUUUCUACAACAGUUUAAAUGUCCUAAAUACACUGACCAUGAGCUGGACUCAAUUGCAUCCUAAUGAUGAGUCCAGGAUGAAGAAAGCCUCUGUUGGAAUGCUAUCAAUGGAAUUUGAAGGAACUGACUAUCUUUUUAUGGUCGGAGGGUUAGGUACUACACCAGCUGUCAAACAUCCUCAGUUUCAAUAUGAUCAGCUUAAGGAUCGACGUGUUCUCACUAAUGAACAGUUACUUUAUAAUCUAUCCAAUGGACAAUUCACUAUUCCAUCUGUCACUGGACAGUGUUGUUUACCAACUAGCGAAUUCACAAUCAACAAAAUUAGUCAAAAUAAAGGAAUAUUGUUUGGGGGUGCAGUAACUAAUGAUGGUCUUGCUACAACUACUAAUAAGGUGUACAUAUUUAACGUGACACAUAAUACAAUACAUUGGGAGAGUCUUAAAAAAGGAUCAAUAUCUGGUGAGGGACUCUGGCCUAAGGAGAGAUAUAAUCAUGCUAGUGCUAUCAUCAAUGGUGACUCUACCUCACCUGCACUAGUAGUGAUUGGUGGACUGGGUAAUAAGAAUCAACUAAUGAAUGAAUGUUUAUUAUUUGAUGAUAUCACUACUGGUCAGUUCAGUUGUAAGAAGAUUCCUCUACCUGAAUCUGUUACUGGUAGAUACUUUCAUUCACUCACAGCAGUCACAAUGUCACCACACUGUGUAUGGCUAGUGAUUGUUGGAGGAUGUGAAGAGCUUCUAUGGAAAGAUGUUGGAGGAGGAGUGGAGAAGCCGAUGCAUACAUUUAUCACUGAUACUAAUAGACUAACAAUGAUAUAUGAAUUAAUUUAUAUUGAAGCUGCCGACAAAUUUCAUGAUAAUGAAACUGUAAAGAGUGAGAAAUUGGAAGAAGUAUUAAAAGUACAGGCACAGUUACAAGAGAAACAGAUUAUUACUGGUUAG